UUCCGGUAGCUUGUUCUGCUUGCAUGUUCGCCUUCUCUUUCGUGGUGUUACUUGUCAAGCCCUUAUGUUCAGGCACGCAUUUCUGUCUAGAUCGUUUUUGCGUUGUAUGUUGUUUUCCUCAGCAUUUGUACGAAAUAAUAUAUUUAUUUGCCGAAUUUAUAAUAGAAUGGAACGCGCGGUUGUGAGAUGUGUGCCAUGGGAGUCCAAGCUCACAAUUUCUUUCACUCUUGACGGUAGCCACAAACACAUUCUGAGGGACCAGACUGAAGAGCUCGGAAAAGCAUUAGCACGAAUAUCCAACAAUAUUAUUAAGGCACAGACCAAAGGGAAGAAGUCAAAGAAAAAUAAAACCACCGACACUACCACGGAAGAGCCAGUCGUGCGUCUUUAUUUUAAUGGGGACUUCGUGGCUGAAGACUCGAUGAACUCCGAUGCAUGGCAGGAUGGAGCCGUGCUGCAUGUUGGAGACACAAAGUACAAGAUUGAACGGAAUCCUCCAACUUUCACCACGGCCGAAUUACCCGCAUCUCUUCUUGCUGGCUUUCCGGUUUGCCCAAAAUUUGAAAUAGAAUUCGGACAUUUAAAAGACUGCGUAUUUAAAUGGUAUAAGGAAAGUUUUUCCAACGCACAUUCGUCUGGACAAGAGGACUGCUGGGUAGAGGCAGGCAGUGAGCGUGUAUUUAUACCGUCAAAUUUGGACAUUGGUCUGAGGCUAAAGCUGAAAUGCACACCUGGGAACGAAUCUAAAUACGGGGCGACUAAGGAACUGGUGUCUACAGGUACAGUUGAGGCUGGUCCAGGGGUGUGCACUUUUGACAACAGACACAUGUACACUAAGAAAGUCACCGAUGACUUAACAGUGAGGGUUGUAUCUUACAACAUUUUAGCUGACAUCUAUGCACAGACUGAACUUUCAAAAACAGUGCUGUAUCCCUACUGUGCUCCAUAUGCAUUGGGACUUGAUUAUCGACAAAACCUAAUAAAGAAAGAGCUUUCUGGAUACAAUGCUGACAUCAUCUGUCUUCAGGAGGUAGACAAAGGAGCUUUCAGUGACAGCCUAUUACCUGCUCUUGAUGCAUUUGGCAUGGAUGGUUGCUUCAGGAUUAAAGAGAAGCAACAUGAAGGAUUGGCUACUUUUUACAGGAGAUCCAAGUUUAAAUUCCUUUCUCAACAUGAUGUAAUGCUGAGCGAGGCCUUGACAACGGAUGCUUUACAUAGUGUGCUACUAGAAAAAGUAUCUACAAAUUCCACCUUGAAAGAGAAGGUUCUACAAAGGUCAACAACUUUGCAGGUUACUGUGCUUCAGUCAGUAAGUGAUCCAUCAAAGACACUGUGUGUUGGGAACACACAUCUCUAUUGGCAUCCCAAAGGGGGAAAUGUCCGAUUAAUUCAGAUGGGUGUGGCCCUUGAGCAUCUGAAGAGAUUAAUUGCAGAUCACCACUCUGGGACUCUGAUAUUCUGUGGUGACUUCAACAGCACACCAUCCUCUGGGCUCUUCCAGCUGCUCUGCCAGGGUUCAGUAUCGGAGAACCACAGUGACUGGAUGUCCAAUGGGCCUGAGGAACUGGUCCAAAUGGAGCUUCGCAGUCCCUUUCAACUGACUAGUGCAUGUGGAGAGCCAGCCUACACUAACUAUGUUGGCGGCUUCCAUGGUUGCCUAGACUACAUUUACAUAGACUCACAGGCUUUGCUGGUGGAACAGGUUAUUCCUAUGCCCAGUCACCAAGAGGUCACCACUUACCAAGCGCUUCCAAGUGUCUCUCACCCAUCUGACCACAUAGCUUUAGUGUGUGACCUCAAAUGGAAAUGAGGUUAUGUAUCAAGCUUGGCUUUGGUUUUGGUUUUGGGAGUUAUCUAGGUUGAAACUGAUAUGGAGUGUACAUUUUACACCGUAAACCAAUAUCUCAUUCAUUUAUGUGGAUUUCUGACACGGUGGCUGUUUAAAUAAUUGCAUUAGUUCAGUGGUUGAACAUGUACACUUUGUCAUAUAAAAACAUUUUGGAAAUGCUUGGGCAAAAGGAAUGCAAUGAUAAAAGCCAUAUGCCUUUGAAAAAGAUUAUUUAAAUGUUGCAUUUGCUGUUUGUUUACAUGCUCUAGCCACAAAGUAUAUCAUAUGGUAAAAAUGAGUUAAGUUUUUGCAACAGCAGUCCAUCACUAUACAUCUCAUUUUCUCAAGAUAAGUUAAAAAUCCUUAGAUCACAUUUUUUUGUCUUUAUUAAGAAUUUUAGAUGGGUUAAUGUAAAAAUGAAAACUGAUCCAUAGGAUUGCAAAUGCCAACAACUGGAGUAUCAAGGCGCUUUCCUUACCAUCUACUAAAGUUGUAGCAUUUGACUUUGUCCUCAGUUCAAGUAAAUCCUGUCACCCAAAAAUACAUUAGCAGAGCAAGAAUAAGCAUAUUUUAAGGCAAUAGUAAACAGACUUUUUCUUGCACAAAGAUUGGCCAUGUCAGGCAAGUUCAGUGAAUUUAGCACUAAGCAAUUAAAUUAUUAAGGGUAAGUUAAGCAGUCAAAUCUUAUUUUCCCACAUAGCUGAUUGUUCUGAAGGUUGGGGGGAACAAAAAUCCAACUGGGACCACCUUCCCUAAUGCAUGUAUAACAAUUCAAGUUACUGUUUGAUGUCAGGGUAAUGAUAACUACAAAGGUGUUCUCUGAGAUUUUAUGAAGAUCAAUAUGCUGUCAUUUCCCCCCCCUAGAAUCUAGGCACAAGUUGGCUUGAGCCACAUUCACAGUUGUUCAGAUACAUAAAAACUGAUCAGAGCAACUCAAUUGUCUGUCUAACCAGAGCUCACUGUGCCUUCUGUUCUCAAAAUCACUAUGCCUAUUUGAUGUCUUUUUUUCUUCAAAAAAAAAAACAAAGUGUAAUACACAGAUUAAAAUGCAUGCCAACUAAAAAAGACAAAAAUAAAUGGAAUGUCUUUUCAAAGCAAAAUAUAUAUAAAUGUUCCCAUCUUUAAAAAAAAAAGAAAGAAAAAAAAAAGGCUUAGACAAAGCCUAAGGAAAAGUUCACCACCAUAAUUACGCUUGUGUGUACCCCUUCCCUUCAACUAUAACAAUGAUCUCUGAGCCAUCUUACAAGUAUGCUUUUUAUAAUCCCCCAACAUAUUCCAAUAUAAAAUAGGCACAAUUCCACAAGCCUUAUAGAAAUUAAAAUGGAAUUCCAAGAUGGCCAACCUGUUCUGGGAAGGGAGGGGGAGGUUGUUACAAGUUGAUUCAAUGUCAAAUUUGGUAAUCAACUCUAUUAAAGUGUGUCAUUUCCCCUG